AUGGGGGAAAGCCCUAGAACCCUGUCCGAUCUAUCAGGGGGUUAUUUAAGUGGUCCUACUGGGGAUAUUUAUGAUCGUUACCGCCUGUUAAGUUCCGGUAACCUUAAUCAUUUUUAUAUUGAUAUUGGAAAAAAUGGGGGUGAUUCUAAGAAACUGUGUGAUGUUAUGAACAAGCUGCAGCUUCAGGCCUUUCAAAUCAACAGUGAUUGGUUGAAAUAUCUUCUAGAUAAUGAGAUGUCAUUUGUUGAAAGUGUAUGUAAGGACAUACAGUGUUCUCGUUAUGAGGAUUUCAUUAUCAAGCUGGCAUUAGCCUACGAUGGUUAUCAUUUUGAUUUGCCGGCCUUUCUCGACUUCCGAGGUCGAAUCUACCGCAGUGGGGUCUUGCAUUUCCAUGAGCGUGAUCUAGCUAGAAGUUUGAUCCUCUUUGCGGGUACCAAACCUAUGGAAUCUAUAUCUAAUGAUAUGAAAAAUCCAUUUUUUGAAGCAGCCGCCUUCCAUUUUAAGAAUUUCCCCACUGCCGAGAAGGCACAUGAGUGGCUUUAUAAAAACGUAGAUCAGAUUAAUAAGAAUCCAUCCCAUUUUGCUCUUGAGGCUAAACGUCCCUUUCAAUUCUUCGCCAAUAUGAUUGGACUCACCGCUUACAAAAUGGAUGUUCUUAGGAACACCCCUAUUACCCAAGACGCCUCCGCGAGUGCAUAUCAGAUUAUGAGUUACUUCUUGUUGGAUGAAACCAUGGCUAAGAGAACGAAUCUCAUCCCAUCUUCGGAUGGAGAAAUCCAAGAUGUUUAUGCUUUCUUUCUCGAAGAGCUCAAGGAGUUCAUGAAAGUAGAACUUCCUAAUAAUCUAUCAACAAUUGUUUGCAAGUACCUCACUCGUAAGCAUGUCAAAGGUAUCUUUAUGCCUAAAAUCUAUGGAAAAACUUUAAUGAGCACGGCCAACGAUUUGAAAGAACAUCUCUCUCACUACAUCACUCAUAAGGAAUGCUUCGUUGUAGCCUCUGCCUGCUUUAAGUUCUGGAAAGAGAGAUAUCCUGGCAUGGAAUGCCUGAUCCGGUUGAUCCGUCAUAUAGGCUGGAUCGCGUCUGCAGGGGAUCGCCCUGUUUUCUAUAAAGUGCCUUACUUUACCACGGUACAGGAUUAUAUGAUCAUGGAGCCCACAAAUAUAUGGGUUUAUGAUAGACUUCAUAAGAAGAGGCGUAAGGUCACUCUCAGAGUUUCAUCAUCUAAGAGAGAUCGUAGGAAGACAGAUAUCUCUACCUUCGUCAACUUCAUCCAUCAGAAGGAUGCUAAUAUAGCAAUGAACGUCGUAGAAGAAAUGCUAUCUUUUAAUGAGCCUAUAUACACAGUACACGAGAACUUUUUAAGUACAGCUACAAAUAGCAAUUUAAUACCAAUGAUUUAUAGCAAUGUCAUUCGUAACAUGGGCCCGCCACUUUCAAUCAUCAACGAGUUCAUCUAUAUGAAUGUUAUGAAACAUAUCAUAAAAAGAGACUCCAUAAAGACUUCUAACUGCGAGAGUGCCUUAGAUCAGGAGCAUGAACAGCUCAAUUCCCUGGAAGCUCGGUUCUCAAAGAUUGAAGAAGAAAGAGAGCAGCUAGCAGUUGAAAUUCGGUACUUACAAGCCAAAGAUGCAGAGUUCCUCAAACAACAGGAUUCACUGGUAGCUGAAUUCAAAAAGGCUAACGAAGGGAUAUCCAGAAAGCUUGCAGAACUGGAAGAACGAAGCCCCGAAACUCGACUUUGA